AUGGGUACCCUCGCGCUCCUGCUCGUCCUCACACUUUCAGCGUCGGCCAACUCCACCCUCGGGAUCGCAUGUACGACCAUGAACGACCGCCUGGACGCCGCCAUAGGCAGGUUCACCAGCGACUGCGACGACGCAUCCUUCUGCUCCGGAGUCGAUGGGGCGAACGGGACCUGUCAGCCGCGCCAGUGUCGGCGCGACGAGUUCCCGUUCGGGUUCGCGAAUGCGAACGCGACGGUGCCUCCGCUGUGCCCCCGCGGGUCGUACUGCCCGGACGAGGGCAGCGGGUGCAGACCGCUCGCCGCGGUGGGCCAGCCGUGCCAGGCGGGCAGGGACGAGCAGUGUGCCCCGCCGGGGAAUUGGCAGGAUUUGGCGAGCGGGCUGAACGCGAAUGGGUCGGUCUGCUUGAACUCGGCGUGCAUGUGGGCAAAUAUGACACUGGGUCAACCAUGCAACCACGAAGUUAUGGUCUACAAGGACAGCACAGGGUUCAGCAACACGAUAAUAAGACACAACUGCCACACACCGAGAUUCUACUGCCACACGGGUUAUAACGUUUGUAUCCCAACGAAGUAUUUGGGGCAGGCGUGCAGCGCGGAUCAGGAAUGCCACUCGUAUAAUUGCGGACAGAAGGGCAUGUGCAUCGACGAACGGGGGACGCCUAAUCGCGUGAAGGCCUGGCAGCUCGUGAUAACUUGUCUGAGCGUCGUGUCAGUGAUGGUCGCAAUUGUUGUUCUCCUAACGUUGGUGCACAAGCGGUUGCGGUUGAGACGACUGAUGGAGAUCCGAGAGUACUAUGAAGAGCAAGUAACCUUGCGCAGGGCUCUUGCCUCGCUACAUUCUGCGGCUGCCGAUCAGCACGAGAAGGAAAGGUGGUUUGAUUGA